AUGGGUGAAGACCAGCAUAUCCGGCCACGUCCACCGCCUCUGGAAGUUCGUAGCUCUGACCCCAGUUUCCGUCGACGCUACACAUCUACAGCCCACCUUGGUCGCAAUAGAGGAGAAUUCAACAUCCCCCCACCUUCACCGGGAUUAACAGGCGUCAAAGCGGAGCAAAAAAUCCCGGGAACAACUUGUGCUGUGACGGGACUCACAAAUCCAGUUGAUGCAGAACAUGGCCAAAUCACACCACACGACAGAGUUUUUGGCUUUGAGGAUUUGGAAAAGCCAUCGCCAGCGGCCUCUUUAUCUGGAGAGCAAUCUGCAGAUUCAAAUACAGCCUUGGGAUCCGCCGAGUCGCUUACAACGCCGGUUGGUGAUGCACCCAACCCAGCUAGUCGACUGGAGAGACGUUCAUUUUCUGGUCAGGAAAGAUCAGAAUCUUCUGGAUGGAUAAUACCAGGUGGAUCCUUUUCUCUUGAAUCUAGUUCAUUGCAGUACCGCACCAGCAUGGAGCUCCGCUUAGGCAGCAAGGGGGAUGUUGUCGGAUCGCCUUCUUCCAUGGCACUGGACACACGCGGUCGAUCCUACUCAUCAUCGCGCUCAUUUUGGAAGUCGCCUCUCGCAUCGGAUGGAAGCUUUCGGAUGGGGUUAGCGGAAACAACCAGCACAUUCUUGAGGAAACGUGCACCGACGACCGCAAGCGAUGCGUCCUCGAACCCUGAUGCACCCCAUUCCAGAGCUCGAACUCCAUCAGGCACUUCGACAAGUUCCGCUACCCCAUUAUCGGCAUCUAUCACACCCGUUUCCCCUCUAUCAGGACGCAAACGAAACGUCUCUGGGAAUUCACCACUUAAUCUCCUACGGAGAACUAUGUUGGGAGCGGGACCUGCAUCAGAUACUUCAGAGGGCCAGGACUCGGAUGGGUAUGAUUCAGGUGCUUCAACUGCAAGUUUUCCUAUGGUCACCAAGCUAGAAGGUCAACCAGUGGAAGUACCGUCGACGGCACUUCUUGGGGCCCUGGACUUUGAUGUCUCUGCCGCUGUGUUCGAUGAGAAAACGACUGAUUUUGAUGUGUCGCGUUCCCUCGUUCAAGAGCUCGUACACGCCAAAGAGCGGGCCGACAUUGGUGUUCGAUGGAUACUGGACUCCUGGUAUGAAUCCAUCGACAAUGGCACGACUGAGGCACUGCUCAACUAUAAAAUGUCGUCGGUCAUCAACAUAUCCAAAAGUAAAAUGGGAUACACUCCACCGUCUGAACCCAGAGGUGAACCCUUUUCAGUUACAGAUUCCUCUGCAGAGCUGAAAGCCCAUCCACCACAUUCCAAUACAAAGACCGAAAAUGGACAAAGAAGAAAGACGAGUACCGGUGAGCCAUGGUUGACGACUGGAGGGAUAUCAAUCGAUCCAUCAGGAGUCAAACACAGGAGACGAUAUUUAACUCACUCUAGCAGCUGGCCACCGUCCGUGCUGGCACCUCCCCACGAAAUGCUUCUUUCUCGCGUGGAGAAUAUUGCAAAAACCAUCCUCCAGACACCAGUGACUGCCAUGAUUCAUACAAAUAUUGCUGGCGACAUAAUGCAGACGCUGCAAAGUUUAAUGGAGGAGCAGCGAAGAAUGGUGGUAGCAAACUCUGCUGUUGAAGACCUGCUUGCCAAAUUUCAGUUCACAUUUGCGCCAGUUUCACGUUUAGCAGAGUCCUUGAACCAAUAUGCACGAGUUCUCCGGACAGCGUCAGGUCUCGAAGGACUGGCUGAGACUCCUCCUCAACCUCGACGGACAAGAUCUCGUGGAUCAUCAUCACUGCUACUUAGUCCAACACAAGAUGGAAGUGCGCUCCCGCAGGUGUCGAAUAAUCGCAUUGAGGCGGCGUCUGCAUUCGCCUCAACAGCGAUAUCUCCAGGUAAAGAAUCUCCCGAAGAGGCUCCGAAGGAGCUGGGAGCGGCGACGGUUAGCAGCAGAGAGGUCCAGCAGUCGAAGAACAUCAAGUCUGCUAGGGAUCCGGGGGUCGCACCAGGGGGUUCUGUGGUAGUCGAUGCAAAUGGAGCCACCGAGCACAUUCCUUUGCUCCAUGUUGAGCCAACAAGUCCCUGGAAACGGGAGGAAAGAACAACAGAACCCAAUAGCCCCAUUCAGGGACGUGCUGUUAGUUGUGUAAUGCCGACAAACACAGCGCUGGGCGCACCGUCAUUGCAGUAUGCAGCAAGUGCUCAUGAUCUCAGAGAGGAUACGAGAUUAGUGAUGGUACAGAAGCAUGAAAAGCCUUCGACGGGAAGUCAACCAGAUAUCUUUACGGAACAAGACAAGGAGCGAAGCCCGAGAUUGAGCAAGCACCUCAAGAAGAAACCGGUCGUCUCGUUCCUGAAAUCCAUCAGACAAGCAUUUUCCGGAACUGCUUCCGCUUCGGCACCUCAGAGCCCGUCAGAGUCAACUGCAGAUCUGAAAGCUCAUGGAAAGUUCAAGUCUUCCACGCCAACUACAAGCAUGCCGUCUUUGUUAACCGGUGCUAAGGGUCACCCGCCAAGCACACCUGUUACUCCCUCCUGUCGAACAUCGUCGGCAGAUUCGAUAAAAGGAUUUACAGAAUCGGCUUCAGAUCUCUUCAAACCCCGUUCGACAGAAUCCAUUGAGAAAUCACGCGUUUCAGACGAGAAAUCCAAAGAGCGUGAUAGACACGAAGGUGAAAGCGAUGAUAGGGAGCGCCGACCCACCAGAGAGCGAGAACGAGCUGCCACCACCGGCAAUGCAUCUCCAUCUAAAGGAGGGAAAGAUGUCGCUCUUCUCUGUCGCAUCUGUGAGGAAUACGUUCCUGCAAGAGUAAUUGACGAACAUUCCAAGAUCUGCGCUGUGCAGCAGGAGUUUCAUUUGAAGAGUUGGAAUUGCGACAUGAAACUUCGCAAACAUGCUGCCAUUUUAGAGGCCAAAAAGGAGCUUCUGGACGUGGAGGAUUUUGAAGACUGGACCGACUGGCAGCGCUUACGGAAAAUCUGUGAGACCAUUGGAGAGAAAGCUGUAAAGAUCGCAGCCGCAACAGAACACGGUGGAAAAAAGACAGUUGGGAAACUGGAAAGAUGCAUUGCGAGAUUCAAGCGUUACGUGGAGGAGGGGGAAAAGUAUCCCGAUCAUGCUGAUAUAUUUAUGGUCGUCAAGACCGUCCUUGAAGUGACGGAAGAAAAGGUCAAGGCGCUUCGAGUCUGCCUUGAACGCUUACGGAGUGUCGGACCGUCUCCCACUGCACCAGUUGCGAAGGCCCCCAGUGCCAUUCAUGUGGAGCGUGCCACUUCGACCAUCUCAUCCGCGACAGAGUCUGCCAUAUCAUUAGCGCCUACGUCUACCACCAUGGAUAGCCGACGAACAAGCAAGGCGCCUCCGAGCACCCUACGGAGGACGCUGAGUAAUGAUAGCAGUAUUAGUGCUCAGAGCACCGCUGUUCCUUCAGAUAUGGAGACACGACAACGUGAGCCAAGUACUGGCAGUAGUGGAAAGCGCUUCAUGUCCAUCUUUAGCGCACUAUUGCGCGGCGGCAAGGAACACCGUCGCACGUCAAGCGUCAAUUCUAUAGGGGCCGACAUAAACGAGCGGCGUCAUAAGAUUCCUUCUAUCCGUGACUUUGAAAUCAUCAAGCCCAUAAGUCGCGGCGCAUUUGGGAAGGUAUACCUGGCACGGAAGCGAACUACUCAAGAUCUCUACGCGAUCAAGAUAUUGAAAAAACAAGAUAUGAUUCGCAAAAACAUGGUUUCUCAUGUGCUGGCGGAGAGGAACGUGCUAGCAUUGUCUCGAAACCAUUUUGUUGUGAAGCUGUAUUAUGCAUUUCAGAGUAGAGAGUAUCUAUAUCUGGUCAUGGAGUACCUGAUUGGAGGGGAUUUGAGCUCAUUGCUUGCGGCUUUCGGAACGUUUGAAGAGCCAAUGGCGCGAAUGUACGGUGCAGAGGUAGCGUUGGCGCUCGAUUACCUGCAUACAAAUGGAAUUCGGCAUAGAGACUUAAAACCGGACAAUAUCUUGAUCAAUGAAGAGGGUCAUAUCAAGUUGACGGAUUUUGGAUUGUCGCGUAUCAUGAUUCCUGAACAAGAUCUCGCGCCUGGUAGUCCAGAGCAAAUGAUGGGGCACCUGAACACCCUAUCUCGGCGCAACAAAGGCACAGUAAAUCGCCCACCGCUCGCCAAUUCCCCGAAUACACCCGAUACGACCUCGACGCCAAUCGGUCGGGUAUCUACUGUCAAGUCACAGCAGAGACGAAACAGCCGACUAGUCCGGCGACAAAAUUCGAGUAAGGCACUAUUAGGGACACCAGAUUACCUGGCCCCUGAGCUGUUGCUUGGUCUCGGGCAUGGUCCGGAAGUGGACUGGUGGGCGCUGGGAAUCUGCAUGUUUGAAUGGAUUGUGGGCUUUCCCCCGUUCACUGAUGACACCCCGGAGGCGAUUUUUAGGAAUAUUCUGGAUGGAGAGAUCGAGUGGCCGGAAGACGGGAUAUCACCGGAAGCGAAAGAUCUUAUCCACCGGCUACUGAAUCCGGAUCCAAAGCUCCGGCUGCAGGCAGAAGGGGUCAAAAGCCAUCCAUUCUUUUCUGGAGUUGAAUGGGAUAAAGUACGAGAACAACCAGCACCGUUUAUCCCUGCGCCCGUCGAUACAACGGAUACAAGCUAUUUUGAUGUUCGUAAUGAGCGUGCAGAUAUCAGAAAACUCUCACAACACAGCAUGCACAUCCCAUCAGUACCACCGGAGAGCCGUGAACUCGAUUGCGGGUCUCCUAAUCAAUCUGGUGGCGAAUUCCCUAUCAGUCCGAUCGGUGCCGAUGCCACAAGGGCGUUACAAUCUGACAGCGCACCCAUAUCCAUGCUCUCGCUCGAAUUUUCCAGAAAGGCAAGCGGCGCUCUUCCCCGCCACGACUCAACUCUUUCGUAUUAUCGAGACGUGAGCGAAGCCGAUAUGCUGGCUCGAGGUAGCCGUCCGAGCGGUCAGCGCCGCCGCCCUGCGCGAUUUAACGACAUUUCCCGCGACUUCAGCGCGGUGUCCUUGGAUGCAGACUUCCAGGAAUUCACCUUCAAAAAUGUGCAUGGCUUAGAAGAACAUAAUCGGGGGAUGAGGGAAAAGGUAAAACAGCAAGAAUUGGAGGAUGACAUUGGCCAGGAAGAUCCAGGUGCCUCUCCGUCAAGAACACGAAACAGUAGCGGUCGGAACAGUCUAGUCGAGAGACUUGUGGCGGGGUAUAAACCAUCGCAGGAGGCAGGGCUUGUAAUUGGACCAGCUGGAGGGCUCGGACCGAAUGUACCUGUUGGCAGUACUGGACUUUCCACCCAAUGCAGCGAGAAGUAAGCAUUUGGUUAGAAAUAGGAUCGGUUCUUGUGUAAAUAUUGAGGUUUUUAUCUCACUGUAUAAAGCAAAUGUUGAUAGUUUUUGAAAAGAAUGUUCACUCCGC